AUGUCUGACUGGGACCAAGUCACCAAGAUUGGCAGCCGCGCCCGUGGUGGCGCCGCCGGCCCCCGUGAGACGGUCAUCCGCGGAACCAGCGCUCUGAAUGCUGCCCAGAGGAGCGGUGCUUCCAUCUCGACGGAGAAGAAGUACGGCACCACCAAUGCUCGCCCGGCGGUCGAAGGCCAGCACCUGACGAAGGUGGACCGUAGCGACGACAUUGUGAAGCCGAAGACGGUGGGAACCAAGGUGGGCGACGCGAUCAAGAAGGCGCGCGCCGAGGCCAAGAACGACAAGGGCAACACGAUGACACAAAAGGACCUGGCAACCAAGUGCAACACCACGCCAACGAUCGUGGCCGACUUCGAGCGCGGCACGGCGGCACCCGACCAGAAGCUGCUCGGCAACAUGGAGCGCGUCCUCAACGUCAUCCUGCGCGGGGACAAGAUGGGCCAGCCGAAGUUCCCCAACAAGAAGAAAUAA